UACCCGAUGGCUUCUAUAACUCUCGAUUACUUGAUCUCCUUCGAUGGGGAAAUACUCGCGAUCGCUCAGUGCAAGUGCGGAUUAGUUAAAUCCCAUCUGGCUCUUAGUACGUCGUUGUAAUAAGCGAAAAGCGGUUGUUACUUCGUGUUGGUCCGCAUCUAAUGAUCAGUUGUUAUAUUCAAAAGCUUUGCAAUGACCAAUAUUGAUCAGUACAAGUUUGAGCUUUCCGAUCAGUUUCGAAACCUGGCUAAGGACGAACUUCGGGAAGAUGACAACGUACGACAACAGGCCAUGGAACAGCUUAAGGAUUGGAUCGAGAAAAACCCCUAUAUCAAAAACUGUCGUACCGAUUCCAAAUUCUUGCUCAAAUUCCUUCGAUUCCGAAAGUUUGCAGUCCAUCAGGCCGGAGAAGCUAUUGAGCGGUAUUUGGUUGCGCGAAAACGAUUCCCACAUUGGUUUCAAAAGCUGGACCCGCGUGACCCUGAAAUGCAGGAAAUUCUCUCGGAUACUCCGUUGACGGCAAUUGGUCGCGAUGAAGACGGUAGGACCAUCAUACUGGUUCGCAUUAAUCGGUAUAAUCCGGAAGUGAACACCAGUACGACGAUUCUACGAUUUGUGAUGAUGAUGUUGGAGGUUUUGAGUGAAGAUGAAGAAUUUCAAAUCGCCGGUGUGCGCGUUUGGGAAGAUCAUACCGACAUGUCGCUGAAAUUUUUGGGAAUUUUCGGUUUGUCGGAAAUCAGUGCAAUCAUGCAGAUGCUCACAAAAACCAUGCCUUUACGAAUUCGACAAAUUCAUGGAAUCAAUAUGCCAAAGUUUGCGUUGACCAUCGUCAACUUUGCACUGACCUUUCUCACUGCAAAGCUACGCGAGAGAAUCAUGUGCCAUGCAACGGUUCUAGAAGCGAAACAGCACCUGCAGGAAUCUCUCUGGCCCAAAGAAUACGGCGGUCCAAUCGAUGUGGAUGCUUUGAAUAGGCAAAUGCGGCAGAAACUGGAAGAGCGACGUGACUUUCUGCUAGGUUUAGAUGACAUGGACAUAGAUGUUGAACAUUACGCCCAUCUAUGGGGAAAGGAUUCCGCGGCUUCCAAUGCGGAAAUCGACUCCGGGAUGGUUGGCACGUUCCGAAAGCUAAACGUGGACUAAACGGAAUUUAAAGUUAUGGAUAUUUACUAUCAUAUUUUUUCCAGCUAACUAGAAGAUCGUCUUUGUUGUCACUUAAAAGUGGAUCCUAAAGUUCAUAUACGCAUUUUGCAUGCAACAUGUUGCAUAUAACAAGAAUGUCCAUGAUAGUAACAUCAUAUACGAUUUUUGUUGGUAGGGUCACGACAUAAUCCGUAAUAAACAAAACCUUAACAUUAUUCUUGGCCAGGAUUUAGAUCCGAAACAAGUCAACGGAUCUGAAAAAAUUAAUUUUAAGUACUGUUAAAUUUCUAGGGGUUAAUACAGAACAUUAGAUUUGCUUGAUGGAUAAA